CCCACUUACAUACUCUCAGGGAGCAGUAAUUCAGAGGCAUAGUGUGGAGGCUGCUACACGCAUACAGAUUCCAGGAAGAGCAACAUGCUCAGGUUACUUCAUCACUGCUUGAUAGCUGUGUGCUUGGCUGGGUCCUUGAUGCUCCUGCCACUCUUCUGUGCUGGAAUUGAGUUCAUACAGCUGGAUCGUGACUAUGAUUCUACUCCUUCACCAGAUUACGACUACAAUGCCACAUUUGACUACACUUUCUUCAGCAACAGCAGCACUGACGAGUUGGAGAUGUUUUUAAAGGAAAGGGAAUCUGAGGAUGAAGAUGGGAUCUUGGAUAUAACAGAUCCAAUGUCCACUGUGUCCAGUGUCUCCGAGGCCUUUAGGACAGUAUAUUCAAGCUUACUGCUCAUGCUGAUCUUGGCUGCUCAUCAGCUGCUCAGACUCCUAUAGGACACGCACUGAACAUCACAGGACAUCAUCACACACAAAUACAUGAGGACACAGAGGAAGGACAGAGAUGGACAAACAACCUCAAUGGAGGACCAGAGACAUGACAAAAUUAAGAUCAAGGAAGAAAGGCACACAGACUUACUCAAACCUCUUACAUCAGAGAAGCAGCAAGAACUCGUUCUAGAAUUUCACUGCUGUAAAAAUGCAAACAGGAGAUCCCACAAGACCCCAUCUCCACCACAAAUCCUUGGAUGUGUGAGCCAAACAGCUUAAUUGAACAAUAUGAACAGAAAAAUUGACCUUAAUCAAGAUAUUAAGCUUUUUGUAACUAUCAAAACUGUGCCUUAGAAAUGUAGAAAAGAGGGACAAAAAGCUUUGGCUAAACAGCCAUAGAAAAAUAAAGACAAUGUGGAUUUAUGAAUGUAAAAAUAUUAAUGCUAGAUAUGAAUGAAUUUUCAGUGCAAUUCUAAGGGACAUUUAUAAUAAUGGUAUAUAAUAUGAUCUAUUUUAAUAACCAGAAUGCUGCAAAGAAUGAAAUGCUCCAGUGUAUGUGUGUCUGUGUGUGCACGUGUGUUGCCUUCACAUUUUACAUUACUUUACAUCAGAUCAUUAUACACACCGCAACAAGUCCUCAGAAUCCAGUCUGUUUUUCCCACAAUAGGAAUUCCUAAAUUAUUUUGCUUCACUGCAUCACUACACCACGUCAUAUACGACUCCUUUGUACCAUCUCAUUAAACUGACUCCGAUCUUAUUACAUUAGGGACACGGACACACUGUGAAUGUCGGAGCAGAAAG